AUGGAAAAUAAGAUUGCUAUUGUUACCGGAUCCAAUAAGGGUAUUGGAUUUGAAAUUGUUAAGGAAUUAUGUAAACGGGGUGUUGGUGUGGUAUAUUUAACUGCCAGAGACAUUCAACGUGGUCAAAAAGCUGUACAAGAGCUAAAUAGAGAAGGUUAUUUCCCUAAAUUUCAUCAACUCGAAGUGAAUAAUAAACAAAGUGUGAAAAACUUUGCCGAUUAUUUAAAGAAAAACUACAAUGAAAUAGACAUUUUAAUCAAUAAUGCUGGUGUAAUUAAUGAAGAUUUUUAUAAGACUUCAUAUGAAGAUUCAAAAUACAUUAUCGAUAUUAAUUAUAAUGGUAUAUUGUUAAGUGAAGAAUAUAUUUACCCUAUCAUAAAAGACAAUGGCCGAAUUAUAAAUAUUUCAAGUGAUUGUGGACACAUAUCAAACCUCAAGAAUAAGUAUUGGAUUGAGCGGCUUACUAAGGAUAAUUUACAACGUGACGAUAUAAAUGAUUUUCUUAGUUGGUUCCUGCAGUCAGUGAAAAAUAAUACUAUUGAUUACAAUGAUUUUGUAGAAGACAAAAUUCUUUCUUACAGAAUUUCUAAAAUCGCAGUUUGUGCGUUAACAAGAAUUCAACAGAAAGAAAUAGGAAAGAAUAUCUCAAUUAACUCUUUACAUCCUGGGUUCGUAAAAACUAACAUGACUAAAGGCUGUGGUAAUUUUACCUUGGAUGAGGCAGCUGACACACCUGUUUAUUUGGCUCUGGAUAUUGAACAAUCGGUCAAAGGCAAAUAUUUUUGGUUUGAUAAAACUGAACAAGAUUGGACAGACCCAAAUCUUAAAUUGUACUGUGUUUUCGACACAAUUGAAAAUCAGUUGCAGGGACCCAAAUAA